UGUUUUCAAUACAGGCUGUAAAAAAAAACAUAUAUUACCUCUGUUUCAGGACUGUACACUAUAACCUUCUCGGUCUAUUAGACACAAUUCCAUCCGUGUUGUCUUUUUCUCCUGAAGAUAUUGAUCCAUCGCUCAAGGAGCGUGUAAACAAUACCGUUGGGCCAUGGCUCGGGGGAAAACAGUGUGCUGUGGCCUGAGCACCCUCGAAGUCACCCUCAUGGUCCUGUUUGUGGUCAUGACCGCAGUGUCUGUGGGGCUCAUCUCAGUCAUGGCCGUCCACUGGGAAGACCGAUUGCAGGAACCAGAGCCUACAGUAAAUCCUACUGCAGGACCACAUGAGAACCCAUACCUCAUAGGGGUGGGCAGAGCAGACUGCACAGGACCCCCUGGGGAUGUCCCCCUGAUGGGCUAUGCGAACUUGGAGCAGACUGCUGCGGGUAUCCACACACGCCUCUUCAGCAGGGCCUUUAUUGUGGAUAAUGGGAGCAAGAGGGUGGUGUUUGUGACAGCUGACAUCGGCAUGGUCUCUCAGAGGCUACGGCUGGAGGUGCUGAAGGAACUUGAGGUGAAAUAUGGUAUCCUGUACAGACAGGACAACGUGAUUCUGAGCGGCACCCACACACACUCUGGUCUGGGUGGGUACUUCCAAUACACCCUCUUCAUGAUCACUAGUAAAGGUUACAUCAAACCCUCCAUCAAAGCCAUCGUCAAUGGAAUUGUCAAGAGCAUUGAUAUAGCACACAGGAGUAUAAAACCUGGGAGAAUCUACAUGAGCAAAGGAGAGCUUGAGGAGAGCAACCUAAACAGAAGUCCUCACUCCUACCUCAACAACCCUGCAGAGGAGAGGAACAAGUAUAAAUCCAACACAGACAAGCAGGUCACACUUCUGAAGUUCACAGACCUGGAUGGAGAUGGUAUGGGCAUGCUCAGCUGGUUCGCUGUCCAUGCCGUCAGUAUGAACUACACCAAUCAGAUGGUCAGCAGUGAUAACAUGGGCUAUGCCUCUUACCUACUGGAGCAGGAAAAGAACAUUGGCUUCUUGCCUGGAGAGGGGCCGUUUGUGGCAGCCUUUGCCUCUUCUAACCUGGGAGACGCCAGCCCAAACAUCAGAGGGCCAUUCUGUGCCAACACUGGACUCCCCUGUGAUUACCUCAACAGCUCCUGUCCCAUCGGAGGGCUAAAAAUGUGUGUUGCACUGGGUCCGGCAGGAUCUGACAUGUUCAACAACACCAAGAUCAUAGGAGAGAACAUUUUCAAAAGGGCAAAGGAUCUGUAUGGUAAGGCCAGACAGGAGGUUCGUGGGCCCCUCCAUGCAGCCCAUCAGUGGGUGAAUAUGACUGACGUGACCGUCCAGCUAAACUCUACACACACAGGCAGAACCUGUAAACCAGCCCUGGGCCACAGCUUCGCCGCAGGGACUACAGACGGAGGAGGCGACCUCAAUUUCACACAAGGGGCUGUUGAGGGUGACCCAUUUUGGGACGGAAUUAGAGAUGCACUGCUUGGAGCUCCCUCCAAUGAGACGCAGGACUGCCACCAACCCAAACCUAUUCUCUUUAGCACUGGAGAGAUGACCUGGCCCCUCCCCUGGCACCCAAGCAUUGUGGACGUUCAGAUCAUCACCAUAGGACCUGUGGCCAUUGUGGCUAUCCCUGGAGAAAUGACCACGAUGUCAGGAAGGAGGAUAAGAGAGGCAGUCAAGCAGGAAUUGGAGGCCCAGGGAACAUUCAGUAACGCUGAGGUGGUCGUCGCUGGCCUGUGCAACAUCUACACUCAUUACAUCACCACCUAUGAGGAGUACCAGAUCCAGCGUUAUGAAGGAGCUUCCACCAUCUACGGGCCUCAUACACUUUCUGCAUACAUUCAGAAGUUUAGGGGCCUGGCCAAGGCCAUUGCAGAGGGUAAAGAGCAGGAGCUGCCCAAGGGUCCCGAGCCCCCUUUCUUCAAGGACAGUCAGCUGUUCAGCUUGCUUCCUGCUGCGGCUGUAGACAAAAAGCCAAUCAACACCACGUUUGGAGAGGUUUUAGAGCGAGUGGACCCAGAGUACACGGUUGGGGAUGUUGCUUCUGUCACAUUUGUUGCAGGGAAUCCAAGACACUCAGAAGACAUUAGGGAUAAGACUUUUGUUACCGUGGAAAAGUAUCAUAACAGCACAGCACACUGGGACGUCGUUCACACAGAUGCCUCUUGGGAGACAAGGUUUCACUGGGUGAAGAAUGGAGCGGAGAGCAAUGCUACCAUUGAGUGGCACAUCCCUCUGUCAGCCCAGGCUGGCUCCUACAGGAUUCGACACUUUGGACACUACAAACAGCGGAAGGGAUUCCUAGAGACUGUGAUCAUGGCCUAUGAGGGUGUGUCGGAUGUCUUCAGAGUCUCCAAAAUAAAGUCGAAUUACUAACCACUGAUCAUUUGAAUACGACUAGACCAGCAGUGGAAAUAAGGCAGACGAUAGUGUACACUUCCAGUGGCCCUGAUAUGAUAAAUAUUGUAUGUUCUCUAUUUCAAUGUAACACAAUGCAUGUACAGUACUAAAGCUUUAAUUAAACGAGACCCAUGCUAAAGCAUUA